CGCACUUUUAUCAUAAGAGACGCGAUCAUAGCAUGAUUUGCAAACACGCUAGAAAAUCACUUCAACAAUUAAAAUUUCUCUUAAUUUAAAUUUUGUAUAUUGUUAAAAUGCCAUUUCUUGGUCAAGACUGGCGCUCACCUGGUCAAAGCUGGAUAAAAACGGAGGAUGGUUGGAAAAAAUCCACGACAGAUGAGAACGAGAAGAAUAACAAUGUUUCAGAGAGGAGAAGUUACUGCAAGGAUGAAUAUGAAAAGGAGAAUUUGAUGCUCAGCAUAAAUUAUGACGUUGCUGCCAAGAAGCGGAAGAAGGACUUGAUGAACAACAACACCAAAAUUCCUUAUUUUCACAGAGAUAAAUGGAUAUACGUCCACAAAGGGAGUACCAAAGAGCGGCAUGGAUAUUGUACUUUGGGAGAAGCGUUUAAUCGCUUGGACUUCUGCAGUGCCAUCAAGGACACCAGGCGAUUCAAUUAUGUUGUUAGGCUGCUGGAGCUCAUCGCCAAGUCCCAGCUGCCUUCUCUUAGUGGAGUGGCACAGAAAAACUACAUGAACAUUUUGGAAAGGGUCGUACAAAAAGUUCUAGAUGAUCAGCAAAACGUUCGACCGAUUAAAGAACUAUUGCAGACACUAUAUACAUCAUUGUGCAGUUUGGUUCAGGACAUGGGGAAGUCUGUGCUGGUGGGCAACAUCAACAUCUGGGUGCACCGCAUGGAGAACAUACUGCAGUGGCAACAGCAGCUUGACAACAUUCAAAUCAACAGGCCCACAAACACAGGAAUGACAUUCCUUGACCUUCCAGCUAGUCUACAUUUGAAUAUCAUGCACCGUCUGUCAGAUGGACGAGAUCUGGUCAGUCUGGGUCAAGUAUGCCCGGACCUAUGUGUACUGGCAGAAGAUCGCCUGCUGUGGAAGAGACUUUGCCAGUAUCACUUUACAGACAGACAGAUCCGCAAGCGUAUAAUGGUGUCAGAUAAAGGCCAAUUGGAAUGGAAAAAGAUGUACUUUAAGCUGUGCCGGUGCUACCCGCAUAAGGAGCAGUACAGUGACACAUUACAGUUCUGCACACAUUGCCACAUUCUUUUCUGGAAGGAUACAGAUCACCCUUGCACAGCCAAUAACCCAGAGACGUGCUGCAAGCCAGUGUCUCCACAGGGGUUUAUUAACCUGUUUAAGUUCUAGGGGGCGCUGCAUUGCUGCCAUGUGUAUAUAGUGUCAAUAGCGCAAAGGAUUCCUGGAUGACUUGAGGCAGGGAAAAGAUGCGAAUGAUUUAGAAGGCAAAUAAUGUUAAAUAAUGAAAAUUACAUGUACAAGAGGAAGAGUCAAUAAGUGAAAGUUAUGUUGUGUUGAGGGAAAUAUUCAAAAGGCAAUGUUUAUUUAUAAGGGAUAUGUCUAUUUAUUUAGCAUGGAUCUUGUUUACUGAAAGACAUUUGAGGAUUAGAAUAUUUAUUCGCAUAAAAAGUUGCCUGUAUGCUGCCAGGAUGUCCUGGUCACUUCUGUGAAUGUAAUAUAUGUUUGAUUUUGGCAACGCAGACAUUAUUGUACUGUUGUUUGAAGAUAUUUUUGCUUAAAGCAAAAAGUGCAUGAAGUGGAUAUGUUUACCAAAAUGGCCUUAACACUGGUGUGCAAUACUUUUCCAGUUUUUUUUCCACUUUUAUACAUUUGAUAUUUUCGGUAGUUUGUGUUUUAAACAUGCUUGUUUUUUUCUAAACACAAUAAAUACAUGAGUACAUUAAUAAGCA